AGUGUUAUUCUAGUCACAGACUCUAUUCUCCAGGCUAUAGGAGUGAAUACCUGACCCAAACAGGACUUAGAUUCCUCCUACUGAGAAUCUGAAACUUAAUUGGGAACACCCAAAGACAGAAGGAACUAACCUAAUGACAACUUCCAGAAAGAAGGCCGAAGAUCUCCAGCCCCUAGGAUUUAGGUUCUCAACAAAGCUGACUCAGGGUCACCUCUGAAAUGAGUGUGAAGGAAGAAUGGGAGGUUUGAGGAGCAAGGAAAGCAAACACAUUUUGAGUUUCUCAGCUGAGCCAAAGGAAAUCAAGAAAUCUCCUGGAAUCAAGGAAAUCAAGGAAUCAAUUACUUACACCAUGCUGAGCAAGAGACAACAUGAAGGCAGAGGUAGCAGUAAUCAGACAGGAUUUCCAAGGGUCUCACUCUGUGGCACAAUGAUCAUGGUUCACUGCAGCCUCGGCCUUCUGAGCUCAAGUGAUCCUCCCGCCUCCGCCUCCGCCUCCUGAGUAGCUGGGACUACAGAUGUGCGACACAGCACCUGGCAAAUUUUUAAGUAUUUUCUUCAGACUGAAACAUCAUUGUGUUAAAGAUAAAAAAGAAAAAAAUAUUCUUGUGGAGAUAGGAUCUCACUGUUGUCCAGAUUGGUCUCAAAUGUUUGAGCUCAAGCCAUCCUCCUGCCUUGGCCUCCCAAAGUGCUGGCAUUACAGGGUGAAAAAAACUAAUCGGCAGAAUGAAACUUCGUAAACAGCCUGUGGCUCCAAAAGCUUCUGGAAGGCUCAAGCUACCCAUGUGCAUCUUUGAUCCUCAGUUUCCCCAUCUUUAAAAUGAGGGGUUUGGAAUAGAUGUCUGUUCUCUGGGGCAGGAUGCAGAGGAAAGAGCUGUCUGCGAAUGGGCGAGAGAGAAGAACGUGUUACGUGUCAGUUUUUAGUGAAAAAACAUUGAGCUAGGAGCCAAGACCCAUCUCUUCACUAUUUUGGUAUUGUGCAAGUCAUCUUACCUCUCUGGAUCUCAGUUGUCUCAUCUGUAAAAAGGAGAUAAAAAUUAUUUACCUGCCUGAACGUCCAUAUCUCUCUUAUGAAAGAAGAGGGUGAUAAAGGAAAGGAGAAGGCCAUUCUUACUGACCUGAUAGUGGAAGAAAAGUAGAUGAGGUGGAGGACCAUCCUGCUACAGUAUUGCUUUCUCUUGAUCACAUGUUUACUUACUGCUCUUGAAGCUGUGCCUAUUGACAUAGACAAGACAAAAGUACAAAAUAUUCACCCUGUGGAAAGUGCGAAGAUAGAACCACCAGAUACUGGACUUUAUUAUGAUGAAUAUCUCAAGCAAGUGAUUGAUGUGCUGGAAACAGAUAAACACUUCAGAGAAAAGCUCCAGAAAGCAGACAUAGAGGAAAUAAAGAGUGGGAGGCUAAGCAAAGAACUGGAUUUAGUAAGUCACCAUGUGAGGACAAAACUUGAUGAACUGAAAAGGCAAGAAGUAGGAAGGUUAAGAAUGUUAAUUAAAGCUAAGUUGGAUUCCCUUCAAGAUAUAGGCAUGGACCACCAAGCUCUUCUAAAACAAUUUGAUCACCUAAACCACCUGAAUCCUGACAAGUUUGAAUCCACAGAUUUAGAUAUGCUAAUCAAAGCGGCAACAAGUGAUCUGGAACACUAUGACAAGACUCGACAUGAAGAAUUUAAAAAAUAUGAAAUGAUGAAGGAACAUGAAAGGAGAGAAUAUUUAAAAACAUUGAAUGAAGAAAAGAGAAAAGAAGAAGAGUCUAAAUUUGAAGAAAUGAAGAAAAAGCAUGAAAAUCACCCUAAAGUUAAUCACCCAGGAAGCAAAGAUCAACUAAAAGAGGUAUGGGAAGAGACUGAUGGAUUGGAUCCUAAUGACUUUGACCCCAAGACAUUUUUCAAAUUACAUGAUGUCAAUAGUGAUGGAUUCCUGGAUGAACAAGAAUUAGAAGCCCUAUUUACUAAAGAGUUGGAGAAAGUAUAUGACCCUAAAAAUGAAGAGGAUGAUAUGGUAGAAAUGGAAGAAGAAAGGCUUAGAAUGAGGGAACAUGUAAUGAAUGAGGUUGAUACUAACAAAGACAGAUUGGUGACUCUGGAGGAGUUUUUGAAAGCCACAGAAAAAAAAGAAUUCUUGGAGCCAGAUAGCUGGGAGACAUUAGAUCAGCAACAGUUCUUCACAGAGGAAGAACUAAAAGAAUAUGAAAAUAUUAUUGCUUUACAAGAAAAUGAACUUAAGAAGAAGGCAGAUGAGCUUCAGAAACAAAAAGAAGAGCUACAACGUCAGCAUGAUCAACUGGAGGCUCAGAAGCUGGAAUAUCAUCAGGUCAUACAGCAGAUGGAACAAAAAAAAUUACAACAAGGAAUUCCUCCAUCAGGGCCAGCUGGAGAAUUGAAGUUUGAGCCACACAUUUAAAGUCUGAAGUCCACCAGAACUUGGAAGAAAGCUGUUAACUCAACAUCUAUUUCAUCUUUUUAGCUCCCUUCCUUUUUCUCUGCUCAAUAAAUAUUUUAAAAGCA